AUGCACUUCUCUACUCUCACUCUCCUCCUCGUUCCCACGGCCGUGUUUGGUCAGUCAUUGAACGCAAAGUUCAAGGCCAAGGGAAAGCUGUACUUCGGUACUGAGAUCGACCACUACCAUCUGAGCAACGCUCCCUUGACCACCAUCGUCAAGAACACUUUUGGACAGAUUACGAACGAGAACAGCAUGAAGUGGGAUGCCAUUGAGCCAUCCCGGGGAUCGUUCAACUACGCCAACGCCGACAAGGUCGUCGCCUUUGCCCAGCAGAAUGGCAAGCUCAUGCGUGGUCACACUCUCCUCUGGCAUAAGCAGUUGCCCGCGUGGGUGACAUCGAUCAACGACCGCAACACCCUGACCACCGUCAUUCAGAAUCACGUGACCAAUGUCGUCAACCACUACAAGGGAAAGAUUGUCCAAUGGGAUGUAGUCAACGAAAUACUGGGAGAGGACGGCAACUUGCGAACCGACAGCGUCUUCACCCGCGUACUCGGCGAAGACUUUGUUGGCAUCGCUUUCCGCGCUGCUCGUGCGGCCGAUCCCAACGCCAAACUUUACAUUAACGACUACAACCUUGACAUCGCCAACUACGCUAAGACCACCGGAAUGGUUCGUCAGGUCAACAAGUGGAUCUCGCAAGGCAUCCCCAUCGACGGUAUCGGUUCGCAAGCCCAUCUCGCUGCGCCAGGCGGAUGGAACCCUGCAUCUGGUGUUCCCAAUGCUCUUAAGACCCUUGCCGCUGCCAACGUCAAGGAGAUUUCCAUCACUGAGCUCGACAUUGCCGGCGCUGCGGCCAGCGAUUAUUUGACUGUUAUGAACGGCUGCCUUGCUCUGCAGAAGUGCGUGGGUAUCACUGUGUGGGGUGUAUCCGACAAGGACAGCUGGAGGGCCGACUCCAACCCCCUGCUGUUCGACAGGAACUACCAGCCCAAGCAGGCUUACACCACCCUUCUCAACGCGUUGUAAGAGACGUCUGCAUCAUUUCGAUCAUCAGAUUAGCGCUGCAAGAUCAUGCUUGCCAUCGGACACCUGUAAAUAUAACCGAUGCUAUGCAUGUGUACAUAAAAUCCAUAUCGAGUAUUUUCGAAAAAUAAAAUUUCCGUGCACGUCUCCAUGUUCACUGGAAAUACAAUUGCAAGACUUUAUUAUACAAA